AUGACGGAGCCGACUUUGUCGACCCAAGAGCUGCAGCUCUGCCAGCAUUUGAUAGAGCUUCCGCGGCGGCACGGAUACCGAUACGGCGAUGGCGCCUCGAAAGACCUCCUCUACAACCUUUUCUGGUCCAUGGCCGGCGGGAGACCCGAGUACAUGCGCCUGCUGUUUCCCGAUGGCAAGAUCACUCCGCAGAGCGCCCUCAAGCUGAGAGAAGCCCAGGGCGCUGUUGAGGGUGCAGAAUACACAGAGGCGGCUCGGGGAAAAGCCUGCGGUCACAUAUUCCGUGCUGGCGAGGCAUCCUACGGGUGCCGCACUUGCAGCGCCGACGAGACUUGCGUCCUUUGCAGCAAAUGCUUCGAUGCAACUGACCACGAAGGCCACAUGGUCAAGAUCACAAUCUCGCCGGGAAAUAGUGGGUGUUGCGACUGCGGUGAUCCAGAAGCAUGGAAACGGCCCGUAUACUGUACUAUACACUCUGAACUCCAUGGCGACCAGUCCAAGGGCAAGGGUAAGGAGGCAGCAGGUCUGCCUGCCGAUCUCGUUGGCAACAUUCGAAUGACGGUGGCCCGGGUUUUGGACUUUAUCUGCGAUGUCAUUUCUUGCGCGCCAGAGCAGUUGCGACAGACCAAGACGAGAGAAUCCAUCGAGCAGGAUGAGAAAUCGUCGCGCCUCAACUCUGUUUAUUGCGGCGGCGAUGUGGAGUCACCCGGUGAAUGGGCUGUGCUACUCUGGAACGAUGAAAAACAUACUGUUGACGAAGUCGAAUCUCAAGUCGCCAGGGCUUGUAGAACUACCAUGGCAGAAGGCUAUAAGAGAGCCCUAGAGACCGACAGCAUUGGACGCAGCUUGCUCAUGUAUAGCAGCGAUAUCGACCACCUCUUGAAUGUAGCCAAGAUUCUGGAGCAAAUCAAGGUCACCGUCACCAUCCGUUCAUCACGCGACACCUUCCGCGAGCAGAUGUGUGGUAUCAUGAUUGGCUGGUUGAACGACAUUGCUGGCUGCCUUGUGGGAUCCGAUGGCAGUAUCCUUCGGCAGAUUGUCUGUGAAGAGCUUUUGAGGCCAUGGAGAGAGGGCAGUCCUGCUUCGCACAAGAGCAACCCUCCCGGGAUCGAGGACGAGGCGCUCAUUGAAAAAGAACACGAGUUAAACGAGUCAAAUCGCUAUUUCAUGCGACGCGCGCGAAUCCUGGCUCGCAUGAACGCUGCAGGACAAAUGACCGCCACAGCCCUAAUCGACAUGCUAGAUAACUCCGAGGACGAAGAUGACGAUGGGAAUCAGACACCUGGCAGCGAUGACGAUGAUCAUGACGACGAUGAGGAUGACGACGAUCUCGAUGGCGAUGUCAUGAUGAUUGAUGCCGGGGCUGGUGCAGAAGUUAAUCUGCCGCCACUAUUUGGAAACAAUGAUGGCCCUGGAGAUGUACUUGAUGAUGACGAGGCUACAAUGGCAGGAUAUCCGCCUCCUCCACCGCCUCCGCCACCGGUACCAAGACGUACAACGCGAGACCGAGAGCUCACGCCUUCAGACUCUGACACUGCUGAACCGUUGAUAUCAUCAAAUGUUUACGCCAAGGUCAAUCUUGAAGUCCCCAAAACUCCCGGUCAGAAGCAGGGAGACAACUCGGAGCCCCCGCGGCCAGGGCGAUACUGGCUUGAGGCGCCACCAGCCUAUUUGGAGCCUGCACCAGCGCACAGCUUUGAGGAUGUUUUUGAAAGGGUUCGUCUAGACUGGUUAAUUCUGUUCGAUCUGAGGAUGUGGAAGAAGGUUCGCCAAGAUCUUCGGUCCCUAUACAUUUCGACUGUAGUCACCAUACCCGAAUUCAAGCGCAUCUUGGGGCUGCGAUUCGCUGCGCUCUAUACCACGCUUGCUCAAUUGUACCUUAUCGGGGACCGCGAGCCAGACCACUCCAUUAUCAACAUCUCACUGCAGAUGUUGACAACGCCUUCCAUUACGGCCGAAGUGGUUGAGCGCGGCAACUUUUUAACAAAUCUCCUGGCCAUUCUCUAUACGUUCCUAACCACCAGACAAGUUGGGCAUCCGUGGGAAGUGUCCUCGAGUGCUGUUCUCGGUUUUGAUACAGGAUCCGUCACCAAUCGAAGGAUGUACCAUUUCUAUGUUGAUAUCAAGUACCUGUUUGGGUCGCCUCACGUCCAAGAGCGGAUGAGAACGGAAGAGAGAUAUCUGCUGCAGUUUCUGGAUCUCGUCAAGCUUCACCAAGGUAUCUGCCCAAACACGCGAGCUAUUGGUGAGCACGUUGAAUACGAAACAGACAGCUGGAUCGGAGCGUCAUUAAUGACACGCGAGAUCAAUCAGCUUUGUCGACUGCUGGCCGACUCCUUCCGCAACCUUUCAGAAGAUGACUUGCAGCAUAUCUCCAAGGCAACCAGACUGACUGCAAAGAGUGUCAUCAUCAACUCUAUUGGAGCCGAACGUGCUCGCUUCACCCAUGCAGAGAUCAAAGACGAGGUUCGCUUCAAGACUCUCAGUGAUUUUGAGUUUGCUGGCGAAUCCAUCAAGUAUGAUGUCGUCAAGUUUGUGGUUGAUGAACAGCCUAUAAGCUUUCACCACGCUCUUCACUACACAUUGUCUUGGCUCAUUGAGUGCGGCAAGCACAUGUCCCCACAACAGCUUGUUUCCAUUCUGAGCUUCACUGCUCAAGAUCUUAAGAUGAAGCCAAAGUCGAUGGGCCGAAAGGCCAUGCCUAAGCGUGACUAUGCUCCACAGGACUAUCUUAUGGCUGCUUUUGACUACCCACUCCGUGUCUGCGCCUGGCUUGCUCAAAUCAAGGCAGGCAUGUGGGUGCGCAAUGGCAUUAGCCUUCGUCACCAGGCUCUCACGUAUCGCAACCAACUUCACCGAAACCACACGCACCACCGGGACAUCUUUCUGCUGCAGACUGCAAUGGUCGUAUGCGAUCCUGGUCGUGUGCUUGCGUCCAUUGUUGAUCGAUUUGGCAUGGAGCAGUGGGUGAAGGGCAUCUUUGAGCAGACAACCGACGGUCAAGACGUGAAUCAGCAUCUUGACAUCAUCGAGGACAUGAUACAUCUAUUGAUUGUGCUGCUGAGCGAUCGGACAUCGUUGAUCCCUACACAGGAUAAGCAUGAGACUCACUUAAUGGCUAUGCGCCGAGAUGUCACGCAUGUUCUCUGCUUCCGGCCCUUGUCUUUCAACGAGAUCUGCAGUAAACUUCCCGACAGAUUCCACGAGCAGGAAGACUUCCAGCAGGUACUCGAUGAAGUGGCCACCUACAAAGCACCCGAGGGUGUUUCCGACGUGGGAACGUUUGAGCUUCGGCCUCAUUUGAUUGAAGAUAUCGAUCCUUACAUUGCCCAUUACAACAAAAACCAACGUGAAGAGUCGGAAGCCUCUUAUCGCAAGCUCAUGGCCCAGAAGACUGGCCAGCCUCUCGAAGAUGUCGUAUAUGAACCCAAGCUGAAACCCAUCAGAUCGGGAGCAUUCGUUGGCAUUGGCAACUUCACCAGCACUGGCAUGUUUGCGCAGAUCAUUUACUACUGUCUUCUCUAUCCACUUGUGGCACAGAAGCUUACCCCCGAUGUUCCCUUCACUCGGGUCGAAGCCUUCUUGCAGGUUGUGUUGCACUUGGUCUUGAUCGCAAUCGCCGAGGACAGAACCGAAGAGAAGGGUCCCGAAGACAGCUCCUUCGUCUACAUUGCUCUCAACACUCAAGGCCGCAGCAACUUCCUCCAAGAUACGCCUGCCGCCAAGACCAUUGUGUCGCUAUUGGAGUUGAUAACGUCAAAGGAGGAAUUCAAAGCAUGUCAUGCCAAGAUUACCUUGAUUCUUAAGAGAAUGCGGCAAAAGAUGCCCUCACACUUUGACUCUGCAUAUCUUCGUUUGGGCAUACCAAUUGACAGACUGGAUACUGCUUCUCCAGCCAGUACUCAGAACGCAGAUGAAGAGCGAGAGCGUAAGAAGCGGGCGGCGCUCGACCGUCAAGCCAAGGUGAUGGCGCAAUUCCAACAACAGCAGAAGAGCUUCUUGGAGAUGCAGGGCGACAUUGAUUGGGGUGAUGAUGAUUUGGAAGAUAUCGACGACGCGCCACCGUUGGAAGAACAAAAGAACUUUUGGAGAUAUCCCCGAGGAACUUGCAUCCUUUGUCAAGAAGAGGCGGACGAUGGACGCCUAUAUGGCACAUUUGGGUUGUUCCUUGAGAGUCAUAUCCUUCGUCAAACGGAUUUCCAGGAUCCCGACUUUGUUCGCGAAGCCGCCAAGACUCCAGUCAACCUCGACAGGACAGCUGAGCCUGACAGGCCUUUUGGUUUGGCGCACGAGAACCGCAAGAUGGUCCAAAAAGUAAACGCAGCUGGCGAAGUAUUCACUGCUGAGAAGCAGGGUAUCGGGAAAGGAUUCCCUGCAAAGCUGUGUCGCCAGGGGCCUGUGGCUGUGUCUUGUGGUCAUAUCAUGCACUACAGCUGCUUCGAGACAUAUAUCGAGGCGACCUCACGACGACACGUUCACCAGAUUGCACGUCACCACCCUGAAUCUCUGGAGCGAAAGGAAUUUGUUUGUCCACUAUGCAAAGCUCUAGGCAAUGCCUUCUUGCCCAUUACCUGGGACGGCAAGGAGGAAUCGUACCCCGGUAUCCUGCAGAAUCCGGCAGACCUCUCGUCGUUCUUGGAGACGCCGACACAACUUGAACCGUCAGACUUCUACCAGGCUGGGCAGCAAGCGUUUGCAGAUUAUGUCAAGGUGAAAAUGCCCGAGACACUCAGUGAGGCAUCCUCCCAACAUGGCGGUUCAGAUUCAAGCUGGGAUGUCUUUGUUUCGCAAUCAACAGGCAUUGGUACCCCAUUUAGCGACGCGUUCUCGCCCGUGGCCACACCAGAUUCCAGCUUGAGAUCUAGGAGCCCCGAGAUUCCCCAUGACAAGGUCCUCAGGCGAGCCUAUCACCGUCUGCGAGAAACACUUUCUAGCAACAAGUUGUUGAACAGACUGGAUCCGGAUGUGAAGAAUGAGGAUGUCGGCGGCAACAGGGCCCUAGCGCAGGCUGUGGGUUUCUCGAUUUCGGCAACAGAAAUCGCCCAGAGGGGCAUAGAAGCGCAAUAUGGAAUGACUCUUGUUGAAAAAGUUCCGGAACAGGGACUGAUACAAUUGCGGAUUCUGUCGGAGACGGUUGCUGCAUACAUUGCCAUUGGCGGGUUGCGAUAUGGUGGAGAGAGUCGUGUCAACAGUGAGUAUCGGAGAGACGUUGAGCGCCAGAUUUGCCAAGUGUUCAUCUCGGAAUACGAAGGCUACGAGACGAGCAAAGGACGACCGGCGAUUGACAGCUUUGCGCCUCUCCUGAGUGAGGAUCCGUUCAUUGUCUUGUGCGAGAGUGUUUUUGGAAUUGGCAUGUCUCGGUACACGGAUAUCAAUAACCUGGUAAGGCUGUACUAUCUAGCCGAAAUUGUGAAGGCGGUCUAUCACAUUGCGCGGAAUAUGCCAGUAGGAAAGUGGCUGGAACAUAUGGUGAACCGGGACCCUGAGGACAAUGCGCUGGCCAAUUUUGCCGCCUUCUGCAACACCAUCACUUUGACGGGCAUCAAAUACAGCGGUGAGGUUGGUGAACUUUCCGAGGACCUGCCCAAUCUCGGUUUUGAACAGCCGUGUAUGAGCAGCCUCCAGGACUUUUACGCCUUUGUCAAGAAAUAUGCCCUCGUCUUCCUCCGCAAGACGACCAUUCUCUUGCAUGUCCACUAUGGCGUCGAUUUCAACAGCUAUGUGCCGACAGCACCCGAGGAGGACGAACUGUCCCGACUCACAGCCGCUCUGCGUGUCCCGACCUUUGACGAGAUGUGUGCCGCUCUGACACAAUUUGCUCCUCAAUGCGGAUGGCCAUCACGCAUCGAGUCGACUGUGCAAGGGUGGAUCAAGCAUCAAGUCUACUACCCUCCUCCUGCACCCCCAACCAGAAGGGAAGGCCCCCAUGUACUGCCGAGAUCUGCGCAGCUCAGUCACCCGGGUAUUUUUGAAUUGGUCGGUCUGCCCAAGAAUUACGAUACAUUGAUCGAACAAUGUGCACAGCGACGUUGUCCCAGCACUGGCAAAGAUCUUGCAGACCCAAUCAUUUGUCUGUUCUGCGGAGAUAUUUUCUGUGGCCAGACUCUUUGUUGUCUUAUGGACUACAAGGAAGACGGGCGAGACGACAAGCCAGCCAUGAAGAUUGGCGGUGCAAGCCAGCACAUGUUGUUCAAGUGUCAACGCAAUAUUGGUCUUUUCAUCAAUAUUCGCAAGUGUUCCAUCUUUUACCUGCAUCGAGUGAGCGGCUCGUUUAGUAACGCUCCUUACAUUGAUCGGUACGGCGAAGUCGAUGUAGGUCUCCGGCACGGACGUCUCCUCUACCUGAACCAGAAGCGUUAUGAUUCCCUGAGAAACAUUUGGCUCUCCCAUGGUAUUCCCAGCUUCAUCAGCCGGAAGCUGGAGGCAGACAUUAACAAUGGUGGAUGGGAAACUAUUUGA